AUGCCCCUCGACGACCUGAAAACCCACGCGACCUCCGCGUCUCACGACUUCUACGCCCUCCUCGACAUCUCCCCCAGCGCAACCGACUCUGAAAUCCGUCGCGCCUACCGCCGCACAGCGCUAAAAUACCACCCGGAUAAGAUCACCAACCCCACACAAGCCGACAUAGACAAGUUCCACCUUCUUCAAAUCGCAAACGAUGUCCUCUCCGACUCGGCCGUCCGGCAGCUGUAUGAUAAUGCGCGGGAGGCGCGGGAGCGCAAGAAGCGUGAGGUUGAGUUACUGGAUGGGGUUAAGAGGAAGAUGAGGGAGGAUUUGGAGAGGAGGGAGAGGGAGGGUAUGAGGGAUGCGGCCGCUGCGGGGGCUGCUGGAGUUAGAGGGGUGAAGAGGGCGUGGGGUGGGGAGGACGAGGCCGAGGAGAGGCUACAGAGGGAGAUUGAGAGGAUUGCAGAGGAUGGGAGGCGAAGGAGGUUAGAGCGUGAGGAGAAGCUAAAAAAAGAGGUUGAGGAGGAUGAAAAGAGAAUACGGGAGGAGGAGGAUGAGAAGCAGAGAAUGCAGGAUCGGAGUUCGCAGCGUGUGGAUCGGUCCAGGGAGGGGGGCGCGAAUGUUCCUGAGCAAGAGCGCGCGGUCAAGGUACGCUGGGUGAGGGAGGGGCGUGGUGUGGAUAUCGACAAGGACAGGCUGAUGGCGUUGUUUGCCCCGUUUGGGAAGAUUGAGAGCGUCCUUGUUCUCAAGGAUAGGCGGCAGCGGCUCGAGGGGAGGAAGGAGAAGAAGACUGUUGCGACGGGAGUGAUUGUCUUUGCUUCAAUCGUCAGUGCGCAUACAGCUGUGCUUGACAGUGAAAAGUUCAUGCACGAGAGUCUGUCACGAACACAGAGCGACUGGAAUGUGAUUGACUCUGUUUUUUGGGCUUUGGGAGAACAACCAGAUUUAGCUGGGAGACAUGCUGGCUCACCUUCUCCUCCAAGUGAGGGUCAGGCUGCUCCCUCUCCGAAGGAGCAUACACCAGCUCCAGCGCCAGCUCCAAAGCCCGCCUUUAGUUUUGCAGGACUCAAAUCCGCUGGGGUCAGUGGACAGCCUGGUAAAGCGCCUUCCUUCGGUUCUUUCUCCUCCGCAGCAGCGACAGGAGGCCCCAAAACAACACCGUCCGAGUCGACGAACGGUGCAAGCGCCAGUUUCCAGGAGAUCACACUAAUGCGACUAAAGAACGCGCAACGAGAAAAGGAGCGGAGAGCGCUUGAAGAACAACUAGAAAAAGAAGACGCGGCCGCAGACGCAGCAGAAGCUGCCGCGAGAACUUGA